CCAUUUCAUGGAUACUUUCCUUGUAGCACCUCUCUAUUCAUUUAUCUUAGCUAGCUAGCUAGUGCGUGCGUAGUUAAACAGCGCUCUGUAUGAAUGAUCAAUCCAACGAUACAUAGCAGUAAAAGAAACGUACAGUACUAGUAGGAAAGCCGAGACAGUCAGUACCAACGACCUGAGCAGGAAACAAGAUGAAGGCGAUUGGAAGGAAGGCAUUACGCAUCCGACGGCAUCAUGGGCGAGUGCCCGGCUUUGGGGUCUCCAUUCCAGCUGCGUGUACUUCUUCUGCAGCCCUUCGCUGUCUUGCAUCCAAUCCUCUCCAGACGACUUUCGUCGCUGCGAAUAGAGGUAGCGACUCCAGUUGUCUGUCCUCCGUGGCAUCCUUUUCCACUUCCACCCGGGAAGAAGUGGAAGACUUGGUGUCGGAUAUCCCUUGUGAUGAUGAUGAUGAUGAUGAUACUACGGAGCAACUAUUGAAGGAAAUCAGCGUUUGGGCUCGGAAUCGUCAGCCCCAAAAAGCUCAACACAUACUCGAGGAACGAACUCGACAUUUGAAAAUGUCGGAAUCUGACCUGACCAAAUGCUACAAUUGCAUCUUGCUAGGUUGGUCCGUUAGCAGAGAUGUGGAUGCCGCUGAAAUGGCUCAACAAGUACUGGAAUCCAUGCCCGUGCCUCCUUCCUUGAUUAGUCUGGGUUAUGUCUUGGAAUCUUGGUCCAAAUCCAAACUUCGAAAGCGUACCAGUAAACUGGCCGGACAACGAGCCGAACAAUUGUUGAGAAAAAUGCAGUCCAUGGGACUACAAGAUCAGCAACAAGCCUAUCAUAAUGCCCUAAAGGCAUGUGCCAAAGGCGCGGAUGGAUACCGUGCUCUGAAAUUGCUGAGGGAACUAGUACAACUACAGUUGAAAUCCGACAAUCCACUGCGUUUGGGAAGGCAUGUUCUGUCCACUGUAUUGAUGGCACUCAAGUCACAGCCACAAGAAGCAGAGGAGCUGUUGGAGUCGUUGCACAAUAGCUUUGGUGUGAAACCAGAUGUUGUCCAUUAUGCAAUCGUGCUGGAUGCUUGGGCAAAUAAUCGCAACCCUGCCCGAGUGGAAGCUCUCAUCAAUCGAAUGAUGGUGGACGGAAUCAAAGUGGAUGCUAGCGCCUACAAUUCCUUGUUGCAUGCAUCGAGGGACAAUCUGGACCGCAUGGAAGCGCUGUUUCGAGCCAUGGUCGAUGACUAUAUACAGUGCCCGUAUCGGGACAACAAUAACACAAACGAUCUUGACGACAAAACAGCAGCAGAAGAACGCAGUAGUGCACCCAUUGGAAGCGCAGUCAAGCCCACUGUAGAAGGCCUGGGUAGAGUUUUGGCGGCCAUGGCACACAACAGAGAACCCCACCGCGCAGAAGCUCUUUUACAAACAGUCAUCAACGAUACAAGAGUCCGCUCCUUCUUGCAACCCAAUCUUCAAUGUUUCAGUAGUGUCAUCAAUGCCUGGGCAAGAGCGAAACAACCCCAGCGUGCUGAAGACCUGUUGCGGCAUAUUCAGAAUGCAGGCUACGACGUCAAUAUUGUGGUGUACACAACAGUGAUGCAUGGAUGGGCGAUUGUCGGAAAUGUCCAGCGAGCUCAAGCCCUGUGGAUUGAAAUUCUUAAUCAUGACAAUCUGCGUCCCAACCUCAAUACAUUGAAUACGUUGCUUUUGGCCUAUUCCAAUGCCAGGCCAAAACCCCAGCCGGAGCAAAUGGACCAGGUAAUGCGGCGUGCAGCAGAGGAAUCGAACGUGAAACCCGAUACCGCCAGUUACACUAUGCUUCUCCGGGCCUGGGUGGCUGCCGGCAGGCCAGAAAAGGCAAGGGCCUUGUUGGAUGAAUUGAGGGAAAAGGAACAAAUCGAGAGCAGCGUCCUUCUCGACACUGUCACCUUCAACACUGUACUUCAUGCAUACUCCAAAGGAGGGCUGCCAAUGGAGGCCGAAGAACUGCUGAGUAUGAUGCUCCAAAAUGUACAAGUGGAACCAAAUGCGCAAACAUUUGCCCUAGUUCUAUCGGCAUACACACGAUCCAAGAACCCCAAACAUAAGCAAAAGUCAGUGAAACGAGCCGAGGAACUGGUCGAAAAGAUGGAGGAAAUGGACAUUGCACCCAAUGGCCACCUGUUCAACGUAAUGCUGAAUUGCUACUCUACCAGUGGAUUUCCAGAACGAGCCGAAGCAGUAUUGAAACAAAUGAUUGAGCGCAAUGCUACUGAAGUCGAUGUUGUGUCCUACAACACGUGUCUCUACGCCUGGGCACGGGCAGGGUGUCCCCAUCGAGCCGAACAUUUGUUGCUUUACCUUGCAACGCACGACUCUGGCGGUAGACCGCCGCUGGAUGUCCAAAGCUUCAGCAUUGUCAUGUUUGGCUGGGCAAAGCAGGGCACUGUGGAAUCCGCCAAGCAUUGCGAAGAGAUUUUGCGACAUAUGCAAACCUUAGAACCCAGCUGCAAGCCAGAUCAAGUCUCGUACAACACUGUGCUUCGCUCGUGGUUGAAUGUGGGGCUGAAGAACUCGGAGAACCAUGAACUUUGCCUUCGGUGCGCUGAACGAGCCGAUAUCUUGCUUUCCGAGCUCGAAAAGUUGUAUCAGACACAACCGUCCAACCAGUUCCGGCCGGACCGACUUUCCUUUACACCAGUGAUUCGUCUGUGGAAAAUGGGACAGAACGGGGAACGAGCCAAACAGGUGGAGGCUCGAGCUCGAGAUUUACGGGUUCUAUAGGAUACGAGCAUUUGUAUCAACAACUAACUAAUAAUAGUGGGCAUUGUCAAGACUCGAUUUCUCGCCAUCCAAAAGCUGCGAGAUGCAUCCGAAGCAAAAACGAGUAUCGAAUUUGACUUCUGAAGUAAUCAAUGAGA